UACGGUUGUGGACACUAUCGUUGCCUUGCCAUGUUUACUUUUAGUGCACGAUAUCUAUAAUUAAUGUUUCUCUACUGAUAUGGAAUAUUGUUUUUUCAGAGCACCUGAUUUUGGAGACCGAUCCAGAGAAAGGAAAAGGAGAGUAUGCAUUCGACAAUGCUGGUUUUAAAGAUACCACCCUUUUCGAAAACAUGUGUAAGCCAGAAGAAACUAGUAAGUUAGAAACUAGCAAGCCAAAGUGGAGCCACUGGUCGCCCUUAGCUGCGUUAACUACAAAAUCUGAGAAAAGAAAGACACUGGACGAUUCUGCGUUGGAGAAUAGCGAAGUGAAGGUAGUCGCGCUUCGAAGCUACGAUUUCACAGGACUUGGUUUCAACAUUUGCGGGAACAUCAAAGAUGGAAUCUACAUCAAGGACAUUUCCCAUCGUGGCCCUGCGUUUGUUUCGGGAAAACUCAACCCAGGUGAUAGAAUUAGCAGUAUAACGAUAAGUUUCGAGCACAUCGUUUACGAGGAUGCCUUGAACAUUCUGAGCUACGCGAGUCCCUACGAGGUGAUCAUAGAGGCCAAGAGCGGGAAAGUGAUACAGACCCCUACUCAAGGUGGACAGCCCAUUCAUCCUAUGUAUAAGAGUACUUCUUGUACAAAUCUGUGGCACUCUGAGAAAUCCCCGGGGACUCGCCUGUUUGCCGACACUCCAAACUCCAGCCUGCAAAAACAGAAGAACCACGUCACCAAUUUGGAAAGAAAAGACUCCAAAUCUCCAAACGUGAACCAAGCGCACCACAAAAAAUCGAAGCCGUUCAAAUCAACACCGGAAAUCAAACCGUCGCCGGAACCAAGAGUGGCCGAACCUCAACCGAAAGCUAAGGAAAGGUUACAACAGAAAAGUGACCUGGAGGUCCAGAAGACAGAGAGUAAGUUCCAGAAGUUCGGAGUGAAGGUACUGCCGUUGGAUCAGAAAAGUCCAAAAACACUUGAACAGAACGAAAACAACAUCAACAUAGAAAAAUUGAGUAUUGACGAAGUGGAUGAUACGAAAAUGGCAAAACCAAGUGUAGUCGUUGAGAAGGAGAGGUUUGAGCGAGGGAAUAUGCAAGGGUCGGGUAUCAAGAGAGAUAAGGACGGAAUUCCUCAGGAGAUACCUGAACAUAUGUUCAAUGCUGCGCUGGCUGUCGCUGCAAAAAGAAACAGAAAUAGCAUGCCGCCAAAAGAGCCCGUACCAACGGAGCCCAAGGAAGAACCCAGGACUCCGAAGAAGAAAGGCAAAGCACCGUCACCGCCCGAUGAAUCGAAAACUGCUAGCCAAGAAAUCACCCAAAAAGACACCAGCGAUUCAAAUUCAAGGACAUACAAUACCGAUUCCGAGGAAGAAGUCGACAACAGUUCAUCAGUGAACACCAUGGAAUUGAAUUCUAGUGAUAUCACCAUCCACCAAACUGAACAGCACGAAGACAAGCAGAACCGAAAAACGGUAAGCACCGGUGAUCUGACAAGGAUCCAGAACACGAAAAAGACCAAGAUAGCAACCGGUACUUUAGAAAGAGCCCAAAGCUUGGAUAUUUCUGAGUCAACGAUACCACCACCUUUGCACAAGGAGAACCUGGAACUGAUGAAAUCUGAAGAGGAUCUCUUCGGAAAAGUUAUGCUCACUAAAGAACCACGCUUGUCUUUGAUACUGGAUGGAUUGAACACAUUCCAGAGAAGCAGGUUGAAGAAGUCAACUGAAUGGGGGAACCUCGAAGACGCCAUCUUAAAGCUGAACCAAGAAGACGAUAGCAUAGUCAGCCUAGAAGACAACCAAUCUUUGGACAGAUCAAGCCUGAACGAAACAUCACCAGAAUUCGAUGCUGUAGUCAACAAAAUCAACGAAAUCAAACGAGAAUCGUUAGACGGGGGAAGGCCAGUAAAGAAUGCAAUUUGGCCAGAUUUGAAUGGCGAAGAGGAAGUUAAGAAACCCAAAAUGAACAAUGGACUAGAAGGCAUUAAGCCGCUCGAUGCAGAAAUCAUGGAGGAAGUCGUAAUCUCGAAACCUGACAUGCACAUUAUGGAGGAGGUCAUGAUUUCAAAACCGUACGUGGAGGAUAAUGCGUAUGGAAUACCAACGAAGCCUAUCUCACCUCCUAGACUGAAGAAGGUCAACAAUAGGAUCGACGAGCCAUUCGAAAAGGCAACGCCUCUAUCUACAGCUGAAAAUAGGCAAGUGAAGGCUAGCGUUGCCGUGAAACCACCUCCAGAAGUUGUUCAAGAACCGGUGGAACCACCAAAGGUGAUGAAGAGGAUUUCGAGGCAGAGGGUUCCAGAAGACAACGCGCCAACACUACCAUCACCAGAUCGGAUAUUUCCAACUGAACCGGCGACAUCGGAAUGGGAAGAAAACAUCAUGAACACGUCACCACCACCAUCCCUGACAUUGGACGAUCCUACCGAUAGCUCACCCCAAGUACCACGUGCACCAGUUAAACCGCAAGAAAUACUCUCGCAGAUCCCUCUGCUAAACUCUCUGGUACAAAAUGAAACAAUAAAAGACGCAGUGCUCAUCAACAACACGGACGAAGCAAAAAGUGUAGUAACGUAUAACACCAAACCAGCACAGUCCAGCAUUCUCGACGUAACGCAAAGCUUUUUGUACACAGAGCAACUAAAUUCCUGUCAAGAUGACGCGUAUCCAUUCAAAAUGUACGGUACUAACGUCUCGGAUGAUAUAAAGGUGUCAAGACACACACAAAGCAGUCCAAAGUCCGAUGACGCUAAGUCUAAAGACAGCCAUAGACAUGUGAGCAAUAUCAACGUCACUAACAAUAACAGAGAUUUGCACAGCUUAGAGUUCAGCGUCAAUGAUGACACUGAACACUACACCACAGCACUUGACGUUUCGAAUGUAUCCUCGUUGGAGGAUAGAGAAAACGGAGACGAUAAUAGAGUAACGAUUCUCACACCGGAUCUUAUCAAAAAUGUAACGUUAGCAGAGGCGAUUCAAACACUGGAAAAAGAACACGAGGAAAAUAAUUCAAAUGACACCGGAAACAGCUUGUCUUUAACUUACGUAACGGAGAUACAAGUGACUCCUCAAAAUAGUUUGACUAACGUGUCUGAAGUUGAGGUGCUGUCAGGAUCAGGUCUGCAGAGGAACUUGGACACAGAAUUCGAAAAUUACGUGAAAAGCUUCGAGGCGAAAUUAGAGCAGUUUGAGAGCAACAUCCACGGGUUCGACCACAACCUCGAGGAAUUUAUCAAAGAAGAACCGAGGAGCAUCGUUUUCAACGAGUCGAUAGACGAGAAAGAACUGAACAAGAUACACGAGAUAGCUGAAGAACAACUGAAGAAACUCCCCGAAAUGAGAUUUACGACAGCAAGUUACGAGGCACCAUCUAAAAUACCGGAAAAGCGUUCUUCCAUCGAACAGCUGAAAUCUAACUUUGAGAAGAGUCCUUCGAAGUCCGGAAAAACUGAAACUCCGACUAAAUCUAGAAUCCCGAUAGCUACGACAACAAAAACGCCGCCGAUGUCGCCAGAAAGACGAGAUUCUCGAACGUUCGACCCGGAAAAUGACAAGGCUUUGCUCGAACUGAUCACGUCUACACCGUACGCCGCCAAACCGAAACCUAGCAGCAAAAAUGUGACUGUUACAUCUAUCAGGAACACGUCCAAGAUUCCUUCCAGUCUGCCGACGUUGAGUGGAAGACCGCCCGUGGCCCCAAGGAAACCGGAAACUAACGACAAUACGGUCCACGUUCCAGUAAAUGGAAGCGAGAGUCACAAUAGCUUUAAGCAAUGGGUGUUCAACCCGUCGAACGUUACUAACGUUACGGUUACGCAGAACAAGCAGGAGAAAUGAUUCGCUCUACCUACCAGGUGCCAUUUUGUUAAGUUUUAUGAAGUGUUGAGUUUGCUUACAUUGUUCGUAGAUAAGUGUGGAUUAAAGUGAGAUGUCAUUGUACCAACUGUGAAUUUGAGGAGAAUGACGACCCGAGACAGUAACAACGGAGAGCAACAGGGGACCAAAUAUUGAUGAAACUGUGUUUAGGCUGGAUAUAGUUUUUGGUGCAUUAAUUUCACUAUACAAUCUAAAUUCAGAUUAUCAUUUGAAGUAGAACAUGUCUUCUCUGACAUAUCACGUAUUUUGCACCUCACUAAUAAGGAGAACAAGCUCACAUACUUUGUUUGGAUUGUAUUAGCAUGCUCAUUUCAUUUUAUUAUUAGUAUUUUCCGGUGCUUAUCAAUAAUGUAUUUUUUUUAAAUUUAUUGAUAUUGUCUACAAAUCACUCAGUCAUAUAAAUAAAAUAAAUAAUGUUAAUAAAAAUAUUUCAAACGAAUCUCCGUGAUGAAAAAUAGAAACUGGUAUAUGAAAGAUUGUAAUCAAAAGCGAUUUUUAUCUUGUUUUCGAUAUAUUCAAACAAAUUGUGAACACAACAUAAAUACGUAUUAUUAAUAGAAGUUUUAAUUUUUAAGUUGUCAUGUAAGUUUUGAGUAUUUGUACAUAAUACAUAUCUCUAUUUUAUUAAAAUGUAUUUUAGCAAUAUAAAGGGCUGUUAGCUAUCUACAUGUUUUUAUGUAAUUUGUAUAUACUGUAAGUCACA